AUGAUGACAAUUCACCGUAUUGCUGAUACCGGCCCUGGUGCCUCCGGUUCUGGUGGAACGACAUCUGGCGGUUCGGGGAGCACCGGUGUAGGAGCUCAAAGCAGUGGCCCUGCAUUAUCCGCAGCAUCAAGCGCCGCAGCUCUCAUUGCUGCGGCUGCGGCCUCGUCAAUGAAUGGGGCAACUCCGAGCGAAAUAAGUGGUGCUUCAUGUAUUCUCGAAGAGCUAGUUCGUAUGGGACGGCGUACUGACUCAGGGGAGUCUUCGGUUCGACAUCAGAAGCGACGUCGAGGACAAACGACUAUCAUCCAAACAGGAAGAACGUCUAGGAAAUACGGUGCCUAUCAUUUAUUUUUUUGA